AAGCUUGACCAAUUUGACAAGUUCUCGAGCUGAGCAAAAGAUAUGUGCAAUGUCAAAAUUUGUUUUCGAUAGUAUGCUGCCAAAGUACCCACAGUUUCAGCCAUUUAUCAGUUCGCACUUAACUACAGCAUCCACAAAUUCGUCAUCAGCAGCAGUUGCCGCCGCCCUCGCCGCAGCCGCCGCGUCCGCAUCGAACGUCUCCUCACCUGGCAUCCACCCGGGCAGCGCCAGCAGCAGCCAUUUGCAGUCGUCCUCGCUUUCGCCCAGCUCCAGUGGACUGCAGCUCGCCAGCCAGCUAGGCCAGCAGCACUUGAGCCAGUCCUCCAACUCGCCGGUCUCCUCGUCCUCACCCUCGUCGACUGCGCAGCAGCAACAGCACCAGCAACAACAGCAGCAGCAACAGCAGUCGCAGUACUCGUCUCUGUCGGCCGCUCUUCAGCUCCAGCAGCAGCAGCACAUCAACAAGUUAGCCGCCGCUGCAGCUGCGGUCAGCUCCCAGGGAUCCGUCUCUAGUCUCGGCGGCCACCAGUCGCUGAGCCACGCCCACCAGCAGCUGCUGCUGACUCCCCCCUCGGCGGGGAACUCCCAGACCGGCGACAGCAGCUCCUCGCCGUCUCCUGCGGCCGGCUCCUCCUUUGCCAUACCCACUAGCAAGAUGUACCCAUACGUCUCCAACCACCCGACCAGCCACGGCGGCCUCUCCGGCAUGCCGGGAUUCUCUGGACUCGAAGAUAAAUCAUGCAGCAGGUACACAGACACCGUGAUGAACAGCUACCAAUCAAUGAGCGUGCCCGCCUCGGCCUCCGCCAGCUUCGCACAGUUCUACCAGCACGCGGCGGCAGCCUCGGCGGUGUCCGCAGCCAGCGCAGGAGCCAUCGGCGUCGACUCGCUGGGCAACGCUUGCACACAGCCCUCGUCCGGCGUUGUACCUGGAGCCGGUGGCGCUGGCCAGAGCAUAGCGGAUCUGCCACGCUAUCCCUGGAUGACGCUCACAGAUUGGAUGGGAAGUCCCUUUGAGCGUGUCGUUUGCGGCGAUUUUAAUGGUCCCAACGGUUGCCCCCGACGCCGAGGCCGCCAGACUUACACACGCUUCCAGACGCUGGAGCUGGAGAAAGAGUUCCACUUCAACCACUACUUGACGCGGCGACGACGCAUCGAGAUUGCGCAUGCGCUUUGCCUGACCGAGCGUCAGAUCAAGAUCUGGUUUCAGAAUCGCCGCAUGAAAUUGAAGAAGGAGCUGCGCGCUGUCAAAGAGAUUAACGAACAGGCACGCCGAGAUCGCGAGGAGCAGGAGAAAAUGAAGGCUCAGGAAACUAUGAAAUCCGCCCAGCAGAACAAGCAAGUGCAGCAGCAACAGCAACAGCAGCAGCAACAGCAGCAACAGCAGCAACAGCAACAGCAGCAGCAGCACCAGCAGCAGCAGCAGGAUCAUCACUCGAUCAUUUCACACAAUCCGGGCCACUUGCACCACUCCGUUGUCGGUCAGAACGAUCUCAAACUUGGCUUGGGCAUGGGCGUCGGAGUUGGCGUUGGCGUUGGGUCUGGCCUCGGACCGGGCCUGGGAGCCGGCCUUGGCGGAAAUCUGGGAAUGAUGAGCGCCCUUGACAAGAGCAAUCACGAUCUUCUCAAGGCGGUCAGUAAGGUCAACUCCUAAGCGCAACCGGCAUCAGGAGAGCCCUUCAACUAUCAUUACCGCUACCGUCAUUACCACCCCUAGCAACCUAUGUCAUCGCCAAUGCAAUCGUCGCCA